GGGGCCAUUGGAGGGGAGCCCCUGGGGCCUGAAGGGCGUUUGUCAGGUGGUACAGAGGGGAACCCCAUUGAGAGGGGAGAAGGGAACGGCCCUUGCCCGGAUGGCAGCAGUAGUUCUAGGGGGAGACAACAUGGGCCCAGAGCGUAUCUUUCCUAAUCAGACUGAGGAGUUAGGGCCGCACCAGGGCCCCACAGAAGGCACUGGGGAUUGGAGCAGUGAGGAGCCUGAGGAAGAGCAGGAGGAAACCGGGGCAGGCCCAGCUGGCUACUCCUACCAGCCCCUGAACCAAGAUCCUGAACCAGAGGAGGUGGAGCUGGCACCAGUGGGGGAUGGAGAAGAUGUAGUGGCGGAUAUCCAGGACCGGAUCCAGGCCCUGGGGCUUCACUUGCCAGACCCACCAUUAGAGAGCGAGGAUGAAGAUGAGGAGGGAGCUACAGCAUUGAGCAACCACAGCUCUAUUCCCAUGGACCCAGAACAUGUAGAGCUGGUGAAAAGGACAAUGGCUGGAGUAAGCUUGCCUGCACCAGGGGUUCCUGCCUGGGCUCGGGAGAUAUCAGAUGCCCAGUGGGAAGACGUGGUACAGAAGGCUCUCCAAGCCCGGCAGGCAUCCCCUGCCUGGAAGUGACCAUCUUGAGAGCUGCCUUAUCUCCCUGCAUUCUACUGGAACCAGCACAGGACUGAACACAUCCCUGGUUGUAACGCCCAUCUCCCUUCCACAUCAAGGCAAAUCAAACUUCUCAGAGACCCACUUUAUUCAGUCUGUACAUAUGGGGACAUCGGCCCAAGCCCAACCCACCACAGCAUGUAUCACUCUGGAGAAUAAAGCACCCUAUGUACACAG